AUGAAAUACGCAGGAACGCAUUGUGGUCGCGAGGCUCCUCCCCUCGUCGCGCCUCUGCUCGCCUCGCCGCGCCUCCGCACGCCUCGCCGCGCCUCCUCUCGCCUCGCCGCGCCUCCGCUCGCCGCGACAAGCCUGCGCUUGCCAUGCCGCGCCUCCGCUCGCCGCGCCGCGCCCCCGCUCGCCUCGCCGCGCCUCCGUUCGCAUCGCCGCGCCUCCGCUCGCAUCGCCGCGCCUCCGCUCGCCGCGCCUCCCCUGCUUCCCCUCACUCCCCGUCUGCUUCCCCUCAUUCCCCCCUCUGCUUCCCCUCAUUUACUCCCCUGCUUGCUCUCGUUUCCCCCCCUGCUUCCCCUCAUUUACUCCCCUGCUUGCUCUCGUUUCCCCCCCUGCUUCCCCUCAUUUACUCCCCUGCUUGCUCUCGUUUCCCCCCCUGCUUCCCCUGGUUUGCCCCCUGCUUCCACUACCCCCCCCCCCUGA